CGGCAGCGGGGGGGCGGGACGACGACGAGGACGAGGACGACGACGAGGAGCAGUCCAGCGUUGGACACGUCCACCUCCGUGCCCGGGGGUCAGCUUGUGAUCAGCGAGCACGCAUUGGGCUUGUUGGUUGCUUUGACAAGGCCAACGUUGGGGCUUCCCACAGCAAAACUGGUCUGGUCGCGUCGAGGGAUUCGCAGCUUUCUGUCCGCUGCUGCUGCUGCUUUUUUUUUUCGGACGCAGGGCACAACGGCGGCAUGGCGCGUCCGAUCCAGCUGGUUACGCCACAGGGUCAGAUCUUGAUCUCCGUUCUUCUCCUGAUCGUGGCUGGCUCCAUGCCUGCCCAUGCCUUUCGUACUCCCUAUUGUGACACCGUCUGUCAAAAUGAAAUCGCCGCCUGCGAAGAGGCCACCAUCUGCGGCCCAGCCCUCGUGUGUGCCACCGAUGCCGGUCACGAUUGUCUUGAAGACAUCUCCUGUGCCACCGACUGCCUCACCAAGGCCGCCGGUGGCUCCGUUAUCGGCGCUUUGCAAGAACUUCCCAUCGUUCAACCCCUUGUCCAGUGCUACACCACCUGCGUACAAGAUGAAAACGACGUCACCAUGACCCGCGACUUUUUUGGCAGCUGUCUUGUGGAUGGCCCUUGUGAAGCUGCCCUCGACACCUGCAUACGUGUUCCCGGCAGCAACGAAUCUAGGUGUCUGCACGUCCUGUACUGCGCCGCCGUCAAAGCCAACCUCGUUUGCUUUGAUGACAACUAUUGCGCUGACUUUUGCUCCAAGCUGUAUGCCUCGGCUCGGGUCGAGAGUGCAGCUCUGAUCCAUUGCUAUUUCAACAACACCUGUGACAUUGAAUCCACCCUGCAGCAAGGCCUGAGCACUCUCACCCCUGCUCAGCAAAACUGCGUCUCUGAUAAAUGCGCAGCUAUAGGGGCCAGCUGCACGCUCAACAUGGAGUGUCUUUACGGCCUCAAUUGCUAUUUUACCUCCAUCUCGGGGCAAAAGUGCGAGGGUGCUGCUUGCGUCACCACCUGUCGUCGCACCGUCGAUCCGGACACCAUUCCUGACUACGAUGACACGGCCGUCUGCGCCGCCCAAUGUCUCCAGCCAACUCUCGAGAUCAGCCGAGUCACCGUCUCCCUCAAUCUCACUUUUAUCGGCAUUACUCAUGCCCUUGUCCAAGAGAGCUUGCAUCUCGUUCGCGCCGCUUUCCUCUUUCUCUUGGGCUCGAGCCAACACACAGACAUGAAAAUGGUAAACAUUUCCAAUAUCGACGCAGCCAUUCAAAUUACCUUUGAGAUCUUGCACCCGGACUUGGAUGAUAUCAUCUACAACAUUUCCCUGAUUGAUGCUCAUUCUGAUUUGUUGCUCAAGAGCAUCCGCGACGAGGCCGAAGACGAGGACGAGGCAGAGCUUUUGCAAGCGUGGCAAGGGGCACUCUCGUCCAAGGUUGCCAACGUGAUAUAUGACGGGAUGUCUUUAACCACAACAACCAGUACCACUGUUCUGGCUGCGAGCCAUCCGCCCAACCGAACAGGCGCCAUUGUUGGCGCCGUCUUGGGAUCAAUCAUCCUCUGUAGUGCAAUCGGCUUUCUUGCUUGGCGUUGGCGUAAAAAGCAAGACAGCGACGGCUCCAACUACACAUUUGCCAAUCCCCUGUCGCGUGGGGACCGCGAGGUUGAGGUGGAUGCAGAUGUCCCCUUAACCCCACGCCCCAGCACCGUGGCCUCUCCAAGCCCCAUGGAGCUUGACGAACCCCAGACACCAAAGCCUGUGCCCGUGGAACUUGACAGCGCCCCGUUCCCAGAGUUUCCACCGAUGGAUCUCAACGAAGAACCCACGCAGCUGGGUGCCCCGCGCUACAAUCCUGCCUACGCCUCCAUCGGUGCCACCAUUCAACAACUUGAAGAGGACCCAGAAGACGUUACUGCUUGGUCAGAAGCGUGAUAGCUCUGCAGCUUCUGAGCUUUAUCACUCUUGGACACAGCCCACCCGCACAGCCUUGUUUUUUUUUUUAAAAAAAAGGAACUUUCCACAGGACCACGUGUUCUGGUGUCUUAAAUUUUCCUCGAGCUGAGGUGUUGACCAGUCGUUGUGUCUUGUUUAGAGCCGUGCCGAGCACGCCCGAACAUUGCCAGUGUCAGCAUCCACCUUACAAAGAGUCAGUGGCAUGUAUAGACUUGCACCGCGAUGCCGCCUGGCCUGGACCAAUGACAACGCUCCAGCCUGAACAUCUUUGCUUCUGUUAUGACUACAUCCCAUGUUCUUUGUGCAGCAAUUCCAAUAAUAUCAAGUGUUGUUUUGGGUCUUCUUAUGUUUUUACCCGAUCCGCUGCAAUCCAACCUUGAUAUUUUUC